AUGCUUCCGAGCGGCUACCAGAAGCUCUCCGACCCGAGCACCGGCCGGCCCUACUACGUCAACCUCGUCACCGGGCAGACGAGCUGGACGCCGCCGUCCGGUGCGGCGGCCAACGGAGGCGCCGCGCCGCCACCUCCGAGCGGCGGCGGCGGCGGCCUCGCCGCCAACUGGGAGGAGCGCCUCGAUCCGUCGACCGGCCGCACGUUUUACAUCGACCACGCGACCAAGCGGACGACGUGGGAGCGCCCGACGAGCGGGGCGCGGGGCGGGGGUGGCGGGUACGGCGCCACGCCGCCCUCGCAGCCCUCUCGGCCGACGCCGCCGCGCGCCGCGCAGCAGCCGUCCGGUGGCAGCCAAUUGAAGAGGUUGGGCGAAGGACGACGAAGUGACGCAUGUUUUCUGACGGGCGUCAAGUUCACGCUGGUGCAGCGGAAGCACCACUGCCGGUACUGCGGCCAGAUCGCGGCCAAGGAGCUGGCCAACUGGGCCAGCAUGGACCCGCAGUUCGCGGACAAGGGCAUCGUGCACGCCUUCGAGGCUCCGCGUGCGCCCGAGCUGCUGGCCUUUGAUUCGCCCGUCUGA